GGGCCAGCGCAGCCUCUCUGAGCCCCAGCAAGGGACGCCUGUUGGUAGCUGUGAGCACAGAGCCCUGGAGAUGAGGACCCUGUUCCUGACUGUCAGCCUCAGCCUCAUCGCUGCCCUGCAGGCCCAGGAGCCCCCAGCCUUGGGGGAGAACACUUUGGAUGUGUCAGGGAAAUGGUAUAUGAAGGCCAUGACUUCAGACCAGGACAUUCCUGGGAAGAAGCCAGACUUGGUGACCCCCAUGACCCUCACGGUCCUGGAGGGGGGUAACCUGGAGGCUGCAAUCACCAUGCUGAUAGAUGGUCAGUGCCAGGAGCUAAAACUGGUCCUGGAGAAAACCAGCGAAUCUGGCAAAUACUUGGCCUAUGGGGGCAAGCGUGUGGUGUACAUCAGGCCGUCGCGUGUGGAGGGCCACUACAUUCUCUACUGUGAGGGCGAGCUCCAUGGCAAGCAGGUCCGGAUGGCGAAGCUCGUGGGAAGAGACCCAGAGAACAACCAGGAGGCCUUGCAGGAUUUUAAGGAGAUUGCAAGAGCCAGGGGAUUGGCCUUAGAGAUCUUCAUCCCCCACCAAAGUGAAACCUGCCCUCCUUGAAGAGGUUGGGAGGUUCCCAGAGCGCACACCUGCACCCCCACUGCGGCCCCCUAUCCUCUGGCUGCAGCCUCACUGACCCCUCCUCCCCAGGACAGGGCACCAUGGCCCCCCAGCAGCCCUGGCGGCCCCACAGGGACCCUCUGUCCUGCAGGACGUGGAAGGAGCCUGGGCCCGUGCACCCCUCUCGCCCUCCCCCCCCUCUCCUGGCUCCUCAUAAAGAGCUUCAGCAUC